AUGAGCACAAUCAGCAUCAAACGCCAUUCCAGUAAGGCCAUCGCAGUCAGGGCACCAAGGACGACGAUGGAACUGUCGAGCAUGACGAACAACACCUGCACAUACAGGUUCUUGACAGACUCAGUGUCAUUCGUCACGCGGCUCACCAGUUGCCCGGUAAUCGCCUUGUCAAAAAAAGCCAUGGGCAGGCGCAGCACAUGUCCAUACACCUGUUCACGCAAGCGCCGUACUGAGCGCAUGGCCACACCAGCCAGCCGCGUCAGUUGCAAAUAGCGUAGCCAGGUCGCCCCCCACCCUAUAACGGUCUAUGAAAGCCUUGCCCAGAAACGGGCCAAUCGCUUCCAGCGCGGCGGCGAUCAUUAAAAAGAAAACGCCCAGCCAGACGUGGCGUUUUUCAUCGCGGGCUGCGUGCAGCAGCAAAUGCACUGCCUGUUUUUUCUCUGA